UGCCAGGCUCGGUCCAGGGGGCCUGUGCGAGAGGGAAAAUGCACCUGCUGCUCCCCCUCCCCCUGCUCUUCUGGCUUUCAGGCUCAUCAGCUGGCAUGACGGGUCCAGAAGAGGUGCGUGGCCCUGAGGGAGGCUCGCUGACCGUGCAGUGUCGCUAUGUCCGAGGGUGGGAGACCUACGUGAAGUACUGGUGUCAAGGAGCUGAUUGGAGUAGCUGCAAGAUCCUUGUUAAAACCACCGGCUCAGAGCAGGACAUGAACAGGGACCGUGUGUCCAUCAGGGACAAUCAGACCAGCCGCACCUUCACCGUGACCAUGGAGAAGCUCAGGAGAGAGGACACACGCACUUACUGGUGUGCGAUUGAGAGAACCGGAGCUGACCUUAGGGUCCCAGUAAAAGUGACCGUUGGCCCAGUGUCAACCACCAUGCCUACCACCAACACGUUCACAGUGCCAGUCUCCCCAGAAGCCACUGCAAGCUCCCUGACUGUGACCAGCUCCCACUCCAAAGGCGGGAGUGCCUUCGGGGAGCUCUACAUCCUCCUGCCCCUCCUCUCUGCUCUGCUGCUGCUUCUCCUGGUGGCAGCCUCACUGCUGGCUUGGAGAAUAGUGAAGCGACGUAAGAAAGCUGCUGGGAUACCCCUGGAGCAGGCGCUCCAGCCCUUCGAGAGUGAGAUCUGCUAUGCCAACGUGACCCUGCGGCAGCCCGGAAGCUCCCCCAGCUCCCCCAGGACGAAGACCUUAAGGAAGCCCUCCUCCUCUGCUUCGGAAGCCCAAGUGGAAGUAGAAUACGUCACCAUGGCUCCCUUCCCAAAGGAGGACAUUGCCUACGCAGCUCUGUCUUUGGGUGCCACGGACCAGGACCCAACCUACGUCAACACAGGCGACAUCAUUGCCCACCUUCCCAGCGCGGGCCACGAGGAGCCCACGUACAGCGCCAUCAGGAAGCCCUAG